AUGUUUUCAGGCGGACUGGGGUUCUCCAGUAUCCCACUUUCCGGCUGGCGGAGCAAACACAGACCACGGGAGCUGGACGCCUUCGACGAGCUAAACCCAAAACCUGCAAAGUCGAAAUCAUCGCCGAAGCCUCAAAAUCGAGCGCAAAGCCUCCUCCGUCGCUCCAAGUCCGUCUACGCUGGCGUCAUCAGCCACAGACCCACCCCAAGCCCCCAGACAGCCGACGGCCAUGUACACACCCGGCGGAUUAGCGGAGGCCAACAAUCACGGUGGGCUGGAACCAGCCAGUCGGAUAGCAAAUCGAUCAUCUCCGACGACCGACACGAGAGCCGAACGCACCGAGCCGAGCGUGGGCGCCUUCGAGCCUGUGUGACGGACGACGAGGAAAAAGCAAUGAUGGUGAUGGAAUGCCCCGAGGAGCAUCUGGACCGAACGUUGGCGAAAGGGCCGGACAUUUACGAAAUGGACCGGGCGGCUUGGAAAGGCCCGAGGGAUUGCAUGCGCCGGGUGGCUAGCUGCAGUUUGCGCUGGCGAGGAACCCACCGGCGGAGUUGA